UUCCUGUAAAACAGGCAGGGGCUGGGUCAGGGAUUGGGGGGAGUGUUUUAAAUGUAGGACCAGGAGGGUACAAGAUGGCGGAUUUGUCGUUGGUGCAGGAGGAGCUGCAGGAGGAUCUGGACGGAUUUGGUGUGGAUGACUACAGCUCAGAGUCUGAUGUCCUUAUUAUACCUUCAGCCUUGGAUUUUGUUUCUCAAGACGAGAUGCUAACACCGUUGGGCCGACUGGAUAAGUACAUUGCUAGUGAGAACACGUUUAACAGACAAAUGGUAGCACGAGGUUUGCUCGAUACGCUGCGGGCAGUCAGCGAUGAUGAAAAAGACUGCCUGGCAGUGCUGGAGAGAAUAAACAAGCUAGCAGAAGAUCCAGGUAACAUGAUGUACAUGUUUUGUAUUUGUCCUAUGUGA